GGAGGCUGUCCGCCGCCCCGACAUGGCGAUCGCAAGGCAAGUGCUUUGUCUCUCUGCUUUCCUCUCCCUGCCGCACGCUCGCUCCGAGCCCAUCCGCUACUCCGUAGCCGAGGAGGGGGAGAGCGGCUCCGUGGUAGCGAACGUGGCGGAGGACGCGGGGCUGGCCCCGGCGCAGCUCUCGGCUCGCCGCGCCCGCCUGGCCUCGGAGGACGGCCGGCAGCACUUUCGCUUAGACCGCGGCACCGGCCGCCUCGUCGUGGCCGAGAGGCUGGACCGGGAGCAGCUGUGCGGGCAGUCCGGGACGUGCACGCUCCCCUUCGAGCUCCUGCUGGCAAACCCCCUGCAGUUCUUUCGGGUCGAGGUGACCGUGGAGGACAUCAAUGACCAUUCGCCCGUUUUCCCCGAGCAACAGGUCACUUUUAAGAUCCCGGAAAGGAGUGACCCGGGCUCGCGUUUCCCGCUGGAGGGGGCUCGGGACCUGGAUAUUGGCAGCAACAGCAUCCAGGCUUACAGCAUCGCUCCCGAGAACGAGUACUUUAGUGUCUCCUUUGGGAGUCGGAGGAAUGGUGACAAAUAUGUGGAACUGGUUUUGGAAAAGCCACUAGACAGAGAGGAGCAGGCGGAGAUGCACUUCAGUCUCAUUGCCAUGGAUGGAGGCACUCCACCCAGGAGCGGGACCACCCAAGUCCACAUUGUUGUUCUAGAUGUAAAUGACAACUCUCCGGUCUUCACACAGGAGCGGUAUGUUGGCCAGGUACUGGAAAAUGCUCCGGAGGGCUCUGUGGUUGUCAAGGUGGUGGCAUCCGAUCUGGAUGCGGGACCUAACGGGGCCAUCUCCUAUCAAUUCAGCCAAGCGGUGGGCCAGAGCCCCUCGGCAUUUAUCAUUGACCCUGUGGGCGGUGAAAUUAGACUCACAAAGCCUCUGGACUUUGAGGUGGCAGAGAAUCACGAGCUCAGCGUGCGGGCCACGGACGGCGGGGGCCUCUCGGCAAUCUGCAAGGUGUUGGUGGAGGUGGUGGAUGUGAAUGACAACGCGCCGGAGCUGGUGGUCAGUUCCUUCAGCAGCCCCCUCCCCGAGAGCGCAUCACCUGGGACGGUGGUCGCCCUCUUCACGGUCAGGGACCAGGAUGCUGGUGCCAACGGGAAGAUCACCUGUGCCCUGAAAGACCAGCUGUCGUUCUCCCUGCGACCAGCCUACAAGAAUUACUAUGAGCUGGUGACCGUGAGCGCGCUGGACCGGGAGGAGACGGCGCGGUACAUCCUCACUGUCACAGCAGCAGACGCGGGGUCACCUCCUCUCACGACCACCCAGACCUUCACGGUGGACAUCUCCGAUGUGAACGACAACGCGCCUGUCUUCAACCAAACUUCAUACACUAUGUACGUGCGUGAGAACAAUGUGCCCACAGCGCUUGUUGGAGCCGUCAGCGCCUCGGAUGCCGACGUGGGGCCCAAUGCCAAGGUGACCUAUUCCCUGGCCCCAGCGCACCCAGCAGAGCGGCCUCCCUGCUCCUGUAUCUCUGUGAACUCUGAGAACGGGCACGUGUUUGUGCUGCGGCCCCUGGACUACGAGCAUGUGAGGCAGAUUGAGGUCUCAGUGAGCGCCUCUGACGCGGGGUCGCCUCGCCUUAGCGCCAACGUGACCGUCCGCCUUGUCGUGGUGGACGAGAAUGACAAUGCGCCUCUGGUGCUGCACCCCGCCCAGGACAGCAGCCCACCGUCCAGCGAGCUGGUGCCCAUUUCGGCUGAGGCGGGGUACCUCGUCACCAAAGUGGUGGCUGUUGAUGCCGACUCGGGGCAGAACUCGUGGCUCUCGUACCACUUGCUGAAGGCCAGCGACCCCGGGCUGUUUGCGGUGGGUGCCCAAAGCGGGGAGGUGCGGCUGAGGAGGCCAGUGACGGAGAGGGACGCCGUGAAGCAGAAGCUCGUCAUCCUGGUGCGAGACAACGGGCGGCCACCGCUGUCAGCCACUGCGGCACUGAGCGCGCUCCUGCUCAGUGACUUCUCGGAGGUGCGCCUACCGCACAGCAGCCUGGCCACGGAGGACGAGGGCAGCUCCCUGACCACCUAUUUAAUCAUUUCAUUGGUCUUUGUCUCGGUCCUCUUCCUCGCGUCCACGGUCGCCUUCGUCGCUCAUAAGGUGUGCAAGAGAAAGGAGCUGCAGGGUGGGCAUGUGCUUUACGGCACCGGCAACUUGCAGAGCAGCCUGGCCGAGGCGGCCAAUGCGGGGACCCUGCCCCACGCCUAUUGCUACGAGGUCAGCCUCACAACAGGCUCGGGCAACAGCGAGUUCAAGUUCCUCAAGCCCAUCCUCCCCAGCCUGCCACCUCAGCACUGUGCCAGGGGCGGGGGCGCCGAUGAUGAACAGGAUUUGCCCCAGGGCCCUAUCACCAUGGAGGACGUGGCACCAGACAACCCAGGGACGCUCUCUGCCGAACCGUUCAACAGUCUUUCAUUUACCUACCUUCUCUCUGCAUUGGAGAGAGAUGGGUUUGAUGGAUGGACUAUUUGGCGGAUAAGGACUUGCCUGGAUGGUUGCCUCCAGAGAGUGGUGGUCAAUGGCUCUAUGCCCGGAUGGAGAUCAGUGAUGAGUGGUGUCCCUCGGUGCUCCGUCCGGGGACCAGUACUGUUUAGUAGCUUUGUCAGCGACACAGACAGUGGGAUCGAGUGCUCCCUCAGCACAUUUGCAGAUGGUGUCAGGCUGAGUGGUACGCCUGAGAGAGGGGAUGCCAUUGAGAAGGACCUGGACAAGCUUGAGAGGUGGGCCCAUGCAAAAUUCAUGAGGUUCAAGAAGGCCAAGUGCAAGAGAGCGAGUCCUGCUGAGGGUGCAGGCGAGACGGGCGCGCUGUACGCGCUGCGCUCCUUCGCCUACGAGGAGGUGCGCGAGGUGGGGCUGUGGGUGCGGGCGGAGGACGGCGGGGCGCCGGCGCUGAGCAGCAACGUGUCGGUGCGGCUCGUGAUCGUGGACGAGAACGACAACGCGCCGCAGGUGCUGUACCCGCCGCCGGCGCCGGCGCCGGGCGCGGGCUGGGCGGGCGUGGAGCUGGCGCCGCGCUCGGCCGAGCCCGGGGCGCUGGUGGCCAAGGUGGUGGCGGUGGACGCGGACGCGGGGCAGAACGCGUGGCUGUCGUACGAGCUGGCCAAGGCGCCGGAGCCGGGGCUGUUCCGCGUGGGGCUGCACAGCGGCCAGGUGCGCACGGCGCGGGCCCUGUCCGAGAGGGACGCGCCCCGGCAGAGCCUCGUCGUGCUGGUGCGAGAGCGCGGGCAGCCGCCGCGCUCCGCCACCGCCACCCUCGGCAUCGCCCCGGUGGACGGCUUCUCCGACGUAUUCCGGCAGCUCAACCACGCUCCUGCGGGGAGGCAAGGAGCGAGAACCGCUGUGCAGCUCGCGGCCGGCUGGCGAGAGGGAAGCCAACGCGGGGAGCUUGGUGGCUCCCGUUCCGCCGCCGGACGGGCCGGCCGGCAGGCGCGUGCACGCCCGAGCCUUGCCGAGACCCGCCUCCGUUCCCCGUCCUCAGGCUGGGAUUCCCGAGUCGGUGUAGUGCCGUGCCGUGCUGGUUCCUGCGUGCUGCCCCUGCGGAGAGGCUCCUGGGCGGCUGGUCCGGCCGGGCAAGGCGGCUGA